AUGUGGCUUCUGGACUCUCGGGUUUACGUGGUUGUGGUGGUCCCCUUGUUUUUAAAUACUUUCAACAAGUACCGCCUCGGAGGCCACUCCAGCCCUGAGAAAGUUCCAAGUCGGAUAAAACAAAGAACGUCCAGCAGUUUGCAGAUGGCCAGGACCCAGAAGACUCUGCUAGCCCUUCCUCAGAGAGAAGGGGUCCAGGCAGCCGCUGUGGCACCCACCCUGUUGCCUAACCUGAAGAGCAGCUGCUUCGACCAUGCUCUGCACCAGGGGCUCCUCUACCCCACCCGGCGGCGCUGCAGUCCCACCUCAGCUCCAACUCCCAAAUUGUCAAAGAAGCGCAAAGUGCAUGCAGCCGGGGACAUGUUCCCCACUGAUUGGAGCCCACCACCCAUAGAGUUCCUGAACCUGAGAGCACCACAGGCCAGCAGGGGUGCCCCAGCACAGAGGUGGCUAGGCCCAGGGGGCCCUCAGGGCCUGAGGACAUGGGCUCCCCAGCUGCCUGAGGAGUUAGGCCAGGAGCCCCAGGACUUGGACCCCCAGGGGAGACUGACCUCACUGGAGGAGCUGUUCGGGAACAUGGCAGGCCCAAGCCAGAAGGCUACAGCUCCAGUGUUCACCUCUGGAGCCUCGGAGAGCUAUGCCAAUAGCUUAGAUUACUUACUACAGGAGAAGUGGGAACAGGCCCUGGAGCAGGAGCGAGAGAAGCUGCUUCUGCAUGAUUGUCCUGACCUCUACUCCCUGGAUCUGGCUGAAGAUGAGGCGCCUCUCACACCUGAGCACAGGAUGCUGGUGGAGAGGUUCUCCAUGUCACUACAGGUCAUCCCACCAGUACAUCCCGGUGAAACCGUGUUUCUACCCAGGCGUCAUCCCCUGUAUUGCAUCCUGGACUGUUCACACCUGAAGCCACGUAGCCACCUGGAAGGGCUCUUCCUCAGCUGCCCGCUGGCCCAGCAGCUCUCCUUCCUGCGCAGUGGCCUCCUGAGCAACCUCUACCUACACACCCCCGACUGCCCUGUGCCCCUGCUCCAGUGGCUCUUCCAGCUACUGACAUGGCCUCCAGAAACUUCUUCAGGAGCCUUUGGCCUCCUCUGGGAUCUCAGUGUGAAUGGGCUCUUCCAUCAGUCUGAUGGAGACAAGCACUGGUGGUGCCCCUCCCUGCAAGAGGUCACGGAGGUGUUUCACAGCCUGGGAGCCUGUAGCCCUGCUCUGGGCCUGCGUGAGCCCCGUCGGCACAGUGGGAGGGUGCUUAAAAAUAGCACUAGCUUGAACUGGAGUGAGCAGCAGGACGCCCCCCUGGAGAUUGCCUUGGAUGUCAGCCUGAACUACAUCUACAAGUUCCUAGCUCUGUGUGCCCUAGCCCAGCCAGGGGCCUACACUGAUGGGGACCUCCUGGGCCUGAUUGAGCUGCUGUGCCGAGUUGGCCUGGAUGUGGGGCUUCGCCUGCUGCCCAAGACUGAUCUUCAGCAGCUUCUGCUUCUGCUCCUUGAGAACAUCCAUGAGUGGCCAAGGAAGCUCCAGAAGCUGUGCUGCAGCCUGAGCGAGGUGUCCGAUCACCACCACAACCUGCUGGUGCUCGUGCAGUUCUUCCUGGACGUGACCUCCCGGAGCAGGCAGCUUCGAAGCCAGCUCAGCCUUGUGGUCAUUGCCCGGAUGCUAGACCAGCAAGAGACGCUCCCUCUCUGGCAAGAGAAGGCCCAGCUGUCUUUGCUCAGCCAGCUUCUGAGCCUCAUGAGGCCAUCAUCCCUCAGACAGUACCUGGGCUCUGAGACCUUGCCACCCUGCCAGGAGCAACAGCCAAAGACCAAUGCUGAAUUAGACCACAAGGUCUGCUACCUGUGCCACAGCCUUCUGACACUGGCCGGGGUGGUGGUCAGCUGCCAGGACAUUACUCCAGACCAGUGGGCUGAGGAGGCGGGUUGUCCUGGAAAGCCAAGCUCCCGACCCGAGCCGGGCCGCACAGUCCCCGGCAGGAGCGCUCACCCUGCAGCCGCGGAAGCCCUGUUCGUGCCACCCGUGGUCCGGGUGGGCGAGUGUGGGGGGCGCACCGCCUGGGCCCCGCGCUCCUCCAGCCCCCACCCAGCCGUGCCCCUGCUUCCCCGCCCUGGGAAGAGCUGGGGGUGGGGGAACCAGUGUGCUGGCCGAUUCUCCGAGCGCGCCGCGGGGUCUGGCCCUGGCCUAGGGUGA